GGGCGUAUCCUGGUGCUGGGGGCUCGGUGCGGGCGUUCCGGGCUGUGUUCUCCUGAAGGGCGACGUUCGCUCGCGGAGGCGGCACCUCUGGGACGAUGGCGGAGGGAGAUAACCGCAGCGCUAACCUGCUGGCUGCAGAGACUGCAAGUCUGGAAGAGCAGCUGCAAGGAUGGGGAGAAGUGAUGCUGAUGGCUGAUAAAGUCCUCCGAUGGGAAAGAGCCUGGUUUCCACCUGCCAUCAUGGGUGUGGUUUCUUUGGUGUUUCUGACUAUCUACUAUCUAGAUCCAUCUGUUCUAUCCGGUGUUUCCUGUUUUGUUAUGUUUUUGUGCUUGGCUGACUACCUUGUUCCCAUUCUUGCACCUAGAAUUUUUGGCUCCAAUAAAUGGACCACUGAGCAACAGCAAAGAUUCCAUGAAAUCUGCAGCAAUGUAAUAAAAUCUCGCCGCAGAACUGUGGGUUGGUGGAAACGCCUCUUCACUCUAAAGGAAGAAAAGCCUAAAAUGUACUUCAUGACCAUGAUCGUUUCUCUUGCUGCGGUUGCUUGGGUAGGACAGCAAGUCCACAACCUUCUUCUCACCUACCUGAUAGUGACUUUCUUACUGUUGCUUCCUGGACUGAACCAACAUGGAAUCAUUUCGAAGUACAUUGGAAUGGCCAAAAGGGAGAUAAACAAGCUUCUCAAACAAAAAGAAAAGAAAAAUGAAUAGUGAAUCUGCUUCAUUCAGUGUGACUAAUCGCAUAUACAUUGUCCAUGGAACCAGUUUCUGUUAUGCUGUCUGGAUACUAAAUGUUACAGAAGCAGCUCUUUGCGCCCUCAUUUUGCCCUUAGUUAACAGAAAUUCAGAUUUGCCAACUCAGCUUCAUUCAUAGUGUCUUCGUGUCAAGUGUUGCUGGGUGUAUUCUCUCAGUUGGCCUUAUAUGGACAACUCAUUUGUAUGACUUAUUUUGAUUUUUCUCAUCCAGGAUUCAUUGAAUUCUUACAUUUAGGCAACUUCCUGUAAAAUAACCUAGUGGUGUCUUUCACCCCUUAGUACAGUUAACAGUGACUUUGGGUAAUUGUCCAACUGAUCUGUGUUUUAGCUAGAUAGAAGGUAGUGGUCUGUGGCUACAGGAAGCUGGUUCUACUGUCUGCUUCCACAGUCUACUUAAAAAACUGUCUGGCUUUUCAUGAAUAUAGAAACCACAUAAGAGACCAAUUAAGAGUCAUUCCUCAUUUUGUUUCUCUAUCAUGGGUGAAGACUCCUCAUGGAAUAAAGUGAAUGAAAUUCCAUGCGCCAGAAUGUAUUGGUUUCUCCCUGUGCAAAACGUAGCAAGCUGUAAGAAACAGUGAUGUUUUCUCCCAAAUGGGACUAUGACAGGCUUAGAGCUUUUGUCCUCUUGCACUUAAACUUCAAGUUAGUAAAUCCUUAAAAGCUUUUCAAUAACAGACUUCCAAAAGAUCAUAUUUAUGAUUUUUAGCCUACUUUUAAUUUCUGAUUUUCAGCUGACUGAAGCUGAACCUUAAUAGGUUAAGACUCAUUGUCUUUGAUCUUUACUCCAAGACCAACCAGUAAAGAACAAAAGUCUUCCUGUGUUCAGUCAAGAUUCACUUCAGUAGACAAUAAUCUUAACUAAUUUGUCAAGACCCAAAUAAGCCUUUAAAGGUAAGCCUCAGGAUUCUCAUUUAAUGGUAAUUCUGGCUGCUUUGGUCCCUACAGAUUGGGCAUAGAAGUAGUUACUAGGAAGGUGUCCAUGUAGUUUAUGCUCUGAAGAAUAUAAGGACUGGUGGUGAGAACAGAUUCUGGGUGAUGAGAGUUGGCUUUGCUCUACAGCGAUUCUAACUCCUUGACAAGCUGCUUAGCGACAGUCUCCCUCUCAGCAGCUAGAAAUUUAGAGUAGCUGAAAUUUGUAGGAAUGAACCUCUGAGGGCUGAAAAUGUGAAUUUUUUUGAACAUUCUUAAACUGAUUUGCUGUAAUAUAGUUUUGUGAAUUUACUGCACUGAUGUUGUAAGACCUGGACCUUGUGGUUUUUCUGUCCCUAAAUAAGUACUGUUUUCUCCCCUUCAAUAUUGCUGUAAACAGUGGCAUCCAUGUAGCAUAUGUUUGAGUUUUUCCCUUAUGUUUCGUAUGAAAACUACAAACUACCUUAAUUUACGUGUGUUUUUCCCUUGUAAAUAACCUGUCUUCCUACCUGGAUUUUUGUGUGUGUACUUGUUCUACCAAUUAACUACUUUUGCAGUUUUAAUCCUGUAUUAUUUCUUUCACUUUGUUUUGUGGAAAAGGGGAAAAUUAUAAAAAGCUUGGAAUCCCUCUUUGUGUCUUACUUUCUUAAUAGCCAAUACAAUGUUUACAUGAUUGGAUUUAUAAAUCUCAUUAAUGAACCACCCUGUUGAUCACUACAUGCCUGUACUCUUUUAAGAACAAAAUGAAAUAAAGGUUUAAAUUUACUCAGCGAACACCCUGGCACCGUGCUAGAUG